AUCUCAGUACGAUAUCCAGUAACUACAUCUACAUCUGCAUCUACAACAGUGACUGGCAUUCAACGACCGGGUUAUACGAAACGACUACAUCGGCAGCUACAUCUACAGCUACAACACAGAAGAUCUGAUCACACUCUGCGAUACCACAACUAUCUUCUUCAUCAAACCGCACCAGUCGACCGAACAACCUAAACCAACUACAUAACAUCAACACCAAGAUGCCAUCAGCAAACCCCCGCAUCAUUUCCCGCACUCUCUCCAGCAUAUCUCGUCUCUCUAGGGGCAUGGUCGAACCACAUCCGUUUGCUAGAAACGCCGUUACUACAACACCGCAUGAAUGGCGCGCUGGGGAUUUGGCGAAGAGGUUGGGCAAGACGAGUGCUGCGUACGUUCCGUUCUACGUUGUCCUGCUUGGAUGGCCGCUGGGUGCGAAGUGGGCUUUGAAUGGACGGUUGUGAGGGAGUGAGAUGGGAAAAGAGAGGAUGGAUGAAUUGGGGAGGUGAAAGGGGUCAUGAGCAUAGACAGGGAGUUAUUGGAGUUCUCAAAUUACGGGAUAUGGGAAUCUGAACUGAGAGACUGAGAGAUGGGUAAACAUGGAGUGAACUUCUCAUUGACCAAUUAUCUACAAAUCGGCCUUAAUAUAGCAACAAAGGCUCACACAUAAACUUCCAACACUGAGCUGUGCCGAAGAUGGAGCGACACACACUCGAACAUGAACAUCCAUCUCUAAAACCUG